AUGGCAUGCAACAUACGAUGUCGCACAGUGCUUCUCUUAAAAAUAGCCCAAGGGACGCGUAGCAGCGCCACCGACCAGCCCGUUGAAUCCUGUCCAUACGAGACGUGCUUCAGAGCCCAGGGACAGGAGAUCCGUUUGGGAGUCUUGGCCCUUGGGCAACUUGUCAACGGCUUUACCGACAGAUCUCGAUCUCGACAUAACGAGUGGCCAAUCACACGGCAUAUACAACUCAAGAGCCGAUCUCGAAAAAGGACCUUGGCUCAAGCAGCCCCCAGACCAAUCGUCGGGCCGGGUGUUGCGCUGCUGUCUGCUAGAGGAAGGCUGAGAGUCUGA